AUGAGGAUCCCCCUGCGCUCUCUCAUCUUCUCUCUCUUCGCAUUCACAGCUGCGGCAUCUGAAAACAUUUAUGUAUGGCCAAAGCCCAUCUCUGUAAAAUGGGGAAAUGAGACCCAAUUCAUGAUUCCAUUAUCUUCGACCUUCCAAAUCUCGUUUCCCAAUCAUACAAGCCUUGCAAACGCAGUCUCCCGCUACAAACAGAUCAUCUCGGAAAAGCCUUGGUAUCCCAUCCACUCACCCGACGCUGCACCAUCCACGCCCGUUUCUUCGACCCCGUUAAAACAGCUCAAUGUGCUGGUCCGCGAUCUCAACGCCGACCUCCAGCACGGGGUCGACGAGUCAUACAAUCUCACCGUUCCCUCUGACGGAACGCCCGCCACUUUAUCGGCUCAGACGGCAUGGGGAGCCAUUUGGGGCUUGGAGACCUUCUCACAGCUGAUCCGCCUCUACAACGCCACUUCCUCUUAUCCUCUCCUCAUCCCGGGGCCUUUGAUGAUCGUGGACUACCCGCUAUUCCCACACAGAGGAAUUACGCUUGACACAAGCAGGAACUUUUAUACUGUGGGAGAAAUUCUGAGGACCAUUAGCGCCAUGAGCUACAACAAAAUUAAUGUGUUCCACUGGCACAUAACCGACUCGCAUUCUUUUCCGCUAGAGUUGCCUUCGGAGCCGACCCUGGCGCAGAAAGGAUCGUACCCUGGCAUGACAUAUACAAAUCAAGAUGUGCGUGCAAUAAUCGAAUAUGGGCGAGACCAUGGCGUCCGUGUCAUCCCGGAGAUUGACGCUCCAGGUUCGUAUAUACAGUUCAAUGAGCUUACUUUCUUUACUCCUUGA